GCCGUAUAAUGACACUUCAGUUCUUCUGAGGAGCGGAGCUUGAUGCUGUCUGCUAUCAGAAGGUCAGUCUAGAAUUCGGUUUUGUUGCCGUCUCCACCUCUGUUUUCGAAAAUCUCUCCAUGGUCUCCUUUUUCAAAGGGGGGCGGGGGGGGGAGGGUGUGAAACAGAGGAAGAUUAGUCAAGAAUUUCAAGAAAUAUUCGCGGUUUGUGGAUUGCCAACGGAGGAACGGUCCUGCCUGUGGCGUUUCCCCGUUUUACCGCAACGACAGCAGCUUGUUUGAGUCGUGGCCUCUGUCCGUCACCAGCACACCCCAGGGAAGCUGGCGACUUGUCCCAUCGGCUUCUCCUCUCUUUCCGGACACCAUUUACCUCUUUUAUGCAUUUUCAAGACCCUCUCUCCCUCAUUUUUUCAUCUGUGUCUGCUCGGAGGCGAGGCGUCGACAUGCUGUAGACAGCAGGCAGCGAUCUCUGGAGACGCCCAGCCUCUCUGUCAAGUGUGUUUAUUCGGUGAGUUGCGUCAUUUGAAAUCUGGAUUGGACAGGAGUAACACCCAAGAGCCCCCGCAACGACUGUGUUUCGACCAGAUACGGCUUUCGCCAUUCGCAGGCUUUCUACUAGCAGACGUGAAAGCGACACUGUCUUUUUUUGUCGGCCGCCCGGUGUAGGUGGUCAUCUGCUUCCCGUUUCGGUCUCUUGUUCUAGCCUACCUGAGAAGGACGAAACAGGGACGCAGCGGUAUUUCUGCGUCUUUUCAAUGGUUUUUUUUGCGUGAUUUAAUCACCUGAAUAGCGUGGCCUUUUGUGCGCUAGGAUUCCCCUGUUGUCCGUGUUCGAUUUUGCACGUUACUCUUCCGUAUUCCUAUCUGUGCGACUGAUAGGAAUCGAGAAUCUCCAGACAGCGAACCGGUCUUUCCGCCUCGAUCAGGUUCCUUAAUCCGUUUCAAGUCCUUGAGUUUCUGCGGAGGUCCUUUUCCGCGUUUGUCUCGUCCAGAGCUACAACCCCCGGCUCUGCUUCCACACCUGAGGCGACUUUCUCGCAGGUCAGUCUUUUCCAUGUCCCCUCGCGUGUGUCGCCUCGUCUGCCGCGGCUGUGAAGGAUGGCGGCGUCCCAGGGAGAGCCCGCUCCGAAGCCAGGGGGACAGUCGUCUAGUGAGAGUUCGUCUUCCCACGAUUUUCUGCGCGAAGAAGUUUCUCUGGCACAUUCAGUCGCUGCCGUCGGCCCUGAACGUGCUGAGGGCGCAAGGAGGCGGGGUUUACGCUCCUGGUCUGCGUGCCUGCACGCGAUCCGGCGUGCUCUGCCGUUCAGCGAUGUGCCUCCCGCGAACCAGAAAGCGCCCUUGGGUCUGAAUCGCUACGUGCUGCUCGUCAUUUACGCCCUCUACAUCACGAGCACAGGCGUGUUUUUCCACGGGUGGCCGUCCGUUGCCGCGUUGAUCUUCCGGAACAACGGCUUUGAAAGUUUGUGCGAGAGAGACCCCCUAACCGGCGCGUUCGUGGAUGAUCAGCGCGUGGUAAAUGACAAACCGUACAUUUGCGACAAACAGGACGCAGCUGUCCAGCGUCUGUACACCAUGACUUGGGCGAUCUGCAGCACCAUGUGCGCAUUCGCCGGUGCGCUUUUAGAUUUCGCGGGGCCGCGCUGGACGGCGAUGGUCGGCCAGAUGUUCAACUUAUGUGGCUGGAUAUGUUUAUCUUUCGCGCACAAAUCUGAUAUGUUUUACUAUCUUGGCUUUACAACCGUGGCGCUGGGCUGCGAAACCGCGUUUCUGCCCACCUUCUGCAUCACGCGCCUCUUUCCGGGCGCCGGCGGGCUGGUGAUCACGAUUUUGGGAUCGGCAGUGUCCACAAGCUAUGCGGUACCCGUGGUCCUCAAUGCCAUCAUGGAUGCCUACGGCUUCUCCUUCCAGUCUGUAGCGCUCGGCUACACGUGUGCCUGUCCCCUCGUAUGCGUCUUCGUGGCGGGUUUCCUCAUGCCGCGUAGGCGCUUUCUCGACGACAACGAUGAGGGAGCGGUGCAGGAUCUUCACGCAGCGGCCAGUGCGAGUUUGGAAACAAAUUCGGAGCAAGAGCCCCCGCGCAAGGCCGGAAUGAAAGGGCCUGAGGAAACGGCCGUCGCUACGGGUCAGACGAAGCUGGGAAAGGUCGCGUUCAAACACGCGUCUUUCGAAACAAGGCCAGCGAGCCUUCAAAAUGAUGCAGCUCCGACAAUGCAUGCACCCGUCUACGCAGACACUGACAAACGAGACGGUGAUGCCGUGAAACAGGGGAGCAUAGAAUCAGCCUUGCAGUGGAGGCCAAAGGAAGGAGGGAAGCGAGCAGCGUUUGCGCAGCGCUGGGGACCGCGUCUCGAACCGUUUUUCCACCAGCUGCUAUCAGAGAGAUAUCUUCUCAUCGUUCUCUACAAAAUUGGUGUUGUGUUGGCAGCGUCCUACUUCCAGCAGGCCGCGCGUCGGGUUUUCAGCGAGCAAGUCGUCAACAUUCGUGGCAUUCUUCUGCCUUUCUCUUUUAUUCCUUGCAUUCUGUUGGGGAAACUUGCCGAUGUCAUCGGCAUCUGCCGGGUGCUCUUUCUUAUGAACAUCUUCGGUCUCUUCAUGUACGGUUUCUCCCUGUCGUCCAGCGUGCUGUGCGGCUGCAUCUCAGUAGUCUGCUUCACGCUGUACAUGAGUUUCUUCUCCAGCCAGAUCUUCGUCUACGUGGAAGCCACGUUCUCACCCAAUGACUUUGGGAAGCUGUGUGGGUUGUCGGUGAUGAUUGGCGGCAUCGUCGGGUUGCUGGCGACUCCUCUGUACGAACAUGUCACUGUGCAGCUGAGCAAGGGGGACCCGUUUUCCAUGCAAAUCGUGAUGAUCAUGAUUCUCGUUAUACAACUCUUGUGGCUGACGCGGCUUUACAGUCUAUGGAGGAAGAACCCUCAUCCUUACGUUUCUCUGGGCGUGCGGUCUGCUGCUCACCUAGAACGCGUGGGCGUGCACAGCAUCGCGGAGGGCCAACUGCGUCCGGGAAGACCAGCCGCCCCCGACGGCGAUGGCGCCGAGGAGAUCCGUGGCGAUUCCGAGCAGCCGAGAGGGAGCGGGGACAGACAAUUGGUAGCGGUUCUGGGAGAAGGGCGAGCGGUAGAGUGUAGUGGAGACGGCACAGCACCAGACGGCUGAGAGCCUAGGAGGAAGACGUGAACAGGGACGACUCCACAGUUCCACCUUUGGCAGCUUUCGAGGCUCAGAUUGCCGGGAUCGGAUUUCGGGUGCCCGGAAGGCCGGGGCAGAGAACAAGAAAAUUCAUAAUGACGGAGUGUUGCUCUCGGUAGGUGCUGGCUUUUGUGAAGCGACGGACAGUCUCCAGAGUCCGCUGCGAAGGGAGCCAUGAGAAGGUGACUCUGGACAGGAAGGGCGUGAGGCGCGUGUGACGGCCCUCUGUCUGCUUCUCCGCGAAAGGCUAUAACGGGGAGCUUAUUGCCUCUCAUUGGAUGGUGUGGCUGGUCCGCGCUGUUUUGGGGUUUCUAGGUUACAAGCUUGACAAAACGCGCCUGAAGCGUUUAGUAUCAUCUUCCAGAAAGGAGACAGGGAAGACUGAACCACUUAAGGGACAUGAGGGUACGCUCCCUCACCCUCGAGGGCACGUAGAGCGCUCAAGGGCUCAGCGUUCCCUCCACGCACACGCUCGGUUUCCGCUAAUGGGAGAAGUCCACGACGACAACUGUACCGCCUUUCUUCCUUGCCCGUGUUAUUGUGCCGUGUUCCGUCACAGGGUUUCCGUGAUUUCGUUUCAAGCGAUCAAGAGGGACUCUCCAGCAGAGAGUUCACGCUUCGUGUAUCAAUUCUCCGUGCGGUAGACCAGCGGGAAGGUUGGUGCAUGGUCGGUACCACUAGUCGAUGCUGUAUUUUGACGGUUUAAAAACAAUGGAAAGGGACGCACAUCAAACGCAUGGCCCCGUUGCAAUCAGAACUUGACACAUAGAGCAGCGGGUGAGAUGGGUUGCCCGGAGAGAAGAACCGCGUCAGUCUUGCAAUGCCGAGGAAGUUACCGGUCGCUAACACAACUCUGAAGCUGUUUGUUUUCGUGAUUCGAGGACGGAACUGUGGGUGUCGGUCUUCUUUUUCGGUUGCGUCUUUCUCGCCGUUGGCUACCAGGAAGGAAUGCGUCUACUACCCCUCCUCUCUGUCUCUCGAAGGCUGUCUGGGUCCCUGUUGGUCCGUGAUCUGUGUGUUUCCUCACUACGUUGAAAGUCGCUGCGUUGUUUAUGCACUCACAAGUAUCUUGUCAGUCAGGUGAACGGGGUUGCUUCCCGUGUGUGGCAUCAUUAACAGGAGGAGAUGGCCUGCGUCUGCGUUGUAUAUUCACUGGCUCGCUGGCUCCACAAAUCGGCCCCGAGGAGAGAGUUCCAUUUCACGCUUCCUGUAUAGACAGGAAGAAACAGGUUACUGCCUUUCUUCACACGCUUGUGUACGCGAAGGGCAGCACCAGGCAGGUUAUUCAUCUAUUUUCCGGCUGAGUUUGUAUUCUUGCUUGUACUGGAUACCUCUGCAGAGUCGUGUUGCACUCCACUAGUUGACUCUGACGGUGUCAUUCUCUCGUUUUCGGGUUCCCAGUGUCGCUCAAGCGAAUCGCGAACGACGGGGCGACGGAACAGAAGACAGAAAGGUUGUGUUCCGGAACAUAAUGGGGUGGAAAGAUUUUCCAGGUGCUCGUGGGAAUGGGUGUUCGCAGGCUGUGUUCCCUGCUUUCGAGAACGAGCAAGAAACAUAGACUUCAUGGAUGGACCAGCUACCAGUAAAAGGUGCAGGCACCCAGAAUUGAGGCCGUGGUCGUAAACAAACGCAAGAGAGAAAACAGGGAUAAUCCGUGAGGUGAUCCGAAAGCAGUGAUCCGGGUCGAUGUAGUCUGGGUGAGUCGAUUGUGAGGAGUGUCACGUUUUAUCGUUGACACUUCCUUUUUGGCGUCGCAAUCGGAAAUGACAGUCUGGAGAGCCUUUGAGAAUGUUGCGCAAGCAGUCGAGUGAUGGAUAUAAUGGUGUUCGAGGCGGGGGCAAGAGCAUACUGUAUCGAAGGGGCUGACGUUGUAUUGCAAGCCUUUGUGCGUGGCAUCUGUCGUCUAUGUGUAUUUUCGAUAAAGAAGCUUUAUAGUAUGCCAACGUAAAGGACAUACCGUUGUCUGGGUUGUUUUCUACCUAUACCGUGGUUUGCUCGUCCAUGCGCGUCGCCGUGUAAACCAGUUCACAGACACGAAUGUCUCGUGCAUGUGUCGAGUUACUGGCUGAAAAGCAUACCUCAGGGUUGUCUUGCCUCCUUUGUUGAUGUCACCGCACAACAAAUGUGCCGUUUUCGAUCUGGAGUGUGUCAUAGAACGGUGUGCCUGUAGUUCCUCUUAUUCAGUUAGAUUUUUUGUUCCCUCGUACCAUCUUGUGUGUGAACAACUGUGGAGAUAUAUCGGCUGAGUGACUCAAGAGGAAUUUGUCUACUGCACACGAAGCUACUGCGGCUCGCUUUGGAGUAAGCAGUGGUUACACCCAAGAGGAAUUUGUCUACUGCACACGAAGCUACUGCGGCUCGCUUUGGACUAAGCAGUGGUUACACCGCGCAGGAAGUGCAAACAGUGCAUGUGAAGACCCUCAGUUCUGCGGCACUUCCUCUACAGCUGUUUGCAGUAUACUCUAUAAUGAGCUGAUUCUUGUCUGAGCGUGUGUCAAAUGUGAUUGAGCAAACAUGUUCUGCAAGAACAGCUUCCGUUUGUCCCUCUCUUCCGUACGGGGCAUACCAAGUUCGAGACGUGCACAUAGCAUAGCAUUCACACCUCACUUGAUGACACAAAAUCGUUAGUUGGACUGACAGGGCGAACGGUCAAGCAGCUGAACAGCAAACCAACGCUUUAAUAGUGCGCAGACAGAUAACUCACGCCCAACGAUGAAACAGUGUUCGGCCAGGAACGCUGCAGUUCAUUCAAAGGUAUCAGGCACGGGUCCUUUCUGUACGUUUUUCAGUCGACCAUGGCACCUGCAGACGCAGAAAAGAAGCGCGUGUGAACCGCUGGCGCGGACGAACCUCUCACUGGUGUUGGCUAAGAGACACUCUGCGUACACCUCAAUAGCAGAGAAGUACACCAGCAUCACUAGAAGCAAUUCGUCACCAGUUCAUGUCUCGAAAUGUUUUCAGUGGAUGGGUAAUUAUUUGGAUACGAAUGGCAUGCCUUUGCAUUCUACCGCGUAUUUCGAACUUGCAAACCCGUUACAGGCUGAAAAAGACUGCCAUUUUUGCGCUUGCUGUGCCGUAGUGGAACCGUGGUGCUUCUGGGCUGCAGAGGGCAAGCAGUGCGUGACUCUGCCUUAUCUCGACGACACCUUCGUCAGCUGGCCUGCCGCAUCAUCGGUCAGGUUGACGAGAAACGGCAGGAUGUCCCUGAAGAAGAAAAACUCCUUCU